UGCCGCCCACACAGCAUGCUAGGGGACCGCAGUGCUGCCCCCACAGAUCGAGCUCUGCUUGGCCAGCCCCCCAAAACUGGACUCCACUGCAAGAUGGUGCUGCAGGCAGUCAGCAGAGUGCUCAGGAAGUCCAAAGCAAAGCCCAACGGGAAGAAGCCAGGCGCCGAGGAGAAGAAGGCCUACCUGGAGCCUGAGCACGCCGCGUCUCGCAUCGUCGACUUGGCCUUCAAGGAGCUGGUGGUGCUGCCCCGGGAAAUCGACCUCAAUGAGUGGCUGGCCAGCAACACAACGACCUUCUUCCAUCACAUCAACCUGCAGUACAGCACAGUCUCGGAGUUCUGUACGGGGGAGACGUGCCAGACCAUGGCCGUGUGCAACACACAGUACUACUGGUAUGAUGAGCGGGGCAAGAAGGUCAAGUGCACUGCCCCGCAGUACGUGGACUUCGUCAUGAGUUCCGUGCAGAAACUGGUGACGGACGAGGACGUCUUCCCCACCAAGUAUGGCAGGGAGUUCCCCAGCUCCUUCGAGUCGCUGGUGAAGAAGAUCUGUAGACUCCUGUUCCACGUGCUGGGCCACAUCUACUGGGCCCACUUCAAGGAGACGCUGGCCCUCGAGCUGCACGCACACUUGAACACACUGUACGCACACUUCAUGCUCUUCGCCAGGGAGUUCAACCUGCUGGACCCCAAAGAGACCGCGGUCAUGGACGACCUCACGGAGGUGCUGUGCGGCAGCCCCGGCGGGGGCGGGGGCCCGGGGGCACAGAACCACGUGAAGGAGAGAUGAGCGGGCCGGACCGAGGCACACAGGUGCAGGGGGCAGGCCGCGUGGCCGUGUGCAGGUGCCGUGCGCGCUACCCAGAGAGGCCCUGGGGCCCGGGCCGUGCCGAGCGGAGGGGAGCCUGACACUGAGGGCCGGCCGUGCUCUUGGCUGCCCCGUUGGGCGGAUGAGUGCCGUGUGCUGGGACGAGCGUGGACCCGUUCAUUCAUUCGACACUGCCAGACUGGCGGCUUGCGGCUUGUCCCUCUGCAGAGCUUCCCUUUGGUCUCCCCGCAGACCCCACCCCUGCCCAGGGCUCUGUGGGUCAGUGGACUGCCUGGUGGGAGGGGCUCCGCUCUGUUUGAAGGGUGGGGUUGCUUUCCCAGAGGCCCCCAACCCACACCCGCUCCCUGCCUGGCCUGGGCCUGCCUGUUGGUGGGGCUCUGUGGCCUGGGGGGUGCACACUGCUGCUUGCUCCUGGCACCCAAGGAGGGGUCCUGGUAUGCGGGCCCCAGGAAGACACCGGGCCAACAGAGGCGGAGCUGGGCCUGGGUGUGUCCGGUCAGUCACAAUAAAGAGGAUCCUCUCA